AUGGCCGAUCACUUGGUCAACGAUACUUGCUACACGGCACUUUUAGGUGUAGCUGACGUCUACUUAAGAUCAGAUCCGCCAAGGAUUAGAGAGUGCAUACAUUGCUUGGAAGCUACAUUUUGCUAUAAGCUGCCUCCACACUCCGAGGCUCACGUCAGAGUUCAACUUGGGAGCAUUUAUUUGAAAUAUACUGAGAAUAUUGACUUGGCCAGAUCACAUUUCGAGAGAUCGGUUUCACUUCUAGAAUCUCUUGGUCCAGGUUCUGAAGAAUUGCUAUGCCAAGCAGUUACUCAACUUAAAGAACUCUAUAAAAUCCAGAAUGAACCUCAAUCAUCCAUUCCAUACCUUCAGCUGGCUUUGAAAGCAACGCAAAAGUUGAACUGUCUUCAUUUGUACUUCGAAACUUUGUUUGAGCUUGCUGAAAUCUAUGCAUCGUGCAACGAUGUUCCAGAAGCUAUCAAACAUCUUACGAUUGGAGAACAAUUUUCGCAGCAAAACGGAUCAGAAUACAUGAGAUGUCUGUUUAUACUGAGCAAAGUUCUGUAUCUACUUGUCGCACAAGAUUACAACCAGGCGACGAUGAUGUUAGGGAGCUUUGGUACAUAUUUGGAGUUGUGGCGUGGCCCACACUUACUGGUCGAACACGUCAGAAUAUUUUAUCUCUCCUUGCGAACAUGGCUUGGUAUUGCCUCUGGUCAGCCAAAGACGACGAGAGCUGACAUAAAACAACUGCAACAUUCUAUUCAAGUUGUCACAUCCCUCGAGCCAAUUGAUGGAGCCAAAAUCCCGGAGUAUGAAAGAUUUCAAUGGUUGCCUGUAGAUCAUCUCUGCAUUAUUGUAUAUUUGCUGACUGUGGUCCAUUGUAUGCAAACGGGUCAUGUUGGAAAAUCUCUGAAAUACAGUGAGAAAGCAUUAGAAAAGAUUUCUUCUCUAAAAGAAAAACAACCAACCCAUUUGCUAUCCGUUUUUGAACUUCUGUUAUUGGAGAACGUGAUCGUGUCACAUGUUAUUGAGGGUCAGUCUAACCACGCUAUCAAACAGGUGGCUAACGCCUUUCGUGCUUGCAGUCCAAGGCUUAUGAAUUCCCACAAUUCAAUGCUGCACACACUUCUGGGCUUAUACUCCAUGUCCAUGAACCAAAUGGAAUUUGCUGAAUUUCAAUUCAGAGUUGCCCUGAGGGCUUGUCGUAAUCCCGAACAAUACUCGUUAAUCGCUCUGAAUCUGUGCGUCGUUUACAUCAGGAUGGGAGAAUCACGAAAGGCGAAGCUUGAAGAGUUGAUACAAAAUUUCUCAAAUCCUAAAAGAGCUUCUUUAAGGUCGAGCAUUAUGAUGGCAAGCUAUCAUUACAUUAUGGGACUAAAGUCUUUCUUUGAGGCGAAGUACCAAGACGCGAGGCGCUACUUACGAGAAACACUCAAGAUCUCAAACCCCGAGGAAUCUCACAGAUUAACAGCCUGUGCGUUGAUUUUGCUGGGGCACACCUUUCUUAAGAAUGGAAAUAUCAAGGAAGCUUUGGAGAUGGUGAGACCCGGUAUGCAGAUGGCAGAGAAGAUGCCGGAUGCCUACAUUCAAUUGUGGGGUGCUUCUCUUCUUCGAGAUCUAUACCGACACGUAGGGGACCAUACCAACGAAUCUGGUGCAUUUCAAAUCCACAGUGGUUACACAAAGAAACUGCUCAGUAGUCAUGGUGAGGCUAUUCAAAGUAAAGAACAUAAACUUAUUGAAUGGCACAAAGGACUACCGAACGUUCCACCACAGGAGGGAACGUCAAAAGCUACUAGUGAACACCAGCCUAUGCAGGUACCCUCAACAAGCAUGUUGCAACAAACGUAGAAAAUCCGGUGGGCAAAAUAUAAUCCAUGGCACGGAUUUGCUGUGUAUGACAGGUUUUAAAGUCGUUAGGUUUUCUGGUCUCCUAGAAAAGCUACAUCUGUUAGGUUUAAAAAGGGGUUGGCCUGUUUGAUUUCAAACGGCGUUUCAUCUUAGCUUGAUAGCCAAGUGUAACGGACAGAAAAUGGAAAAUUCGCUUCUAAAUAACAGCACGUUGCUGAACGUUUAGUGAAUGGCGUAUUAUGUCAGAGGUGCUCAGGUGAUAAGCUGUUGAGUUUAAUCUGGUUAAAACCAAACAAUAAACAAUGUUCUUUUUAUCAUAUAAGGGAAUGAAUUGAUACAUAUUUUUAGCCUGAAGCAGUAGAACAUUCACUAGUUAGCUAGUUGCUUAAAUGGUUAUUUUCUGAGGAGAUAUUUUAUCGUUGGGUUUUACAUGAUGGUAGAAUUUUUAACCGAAUGUCCGUUUUUAUAUAUGUAUACUGGAAAAGUAAUAGAGUUGGCCUGUGAUCAUGUUCGAUAAAAAGAUCAAAUAUUUGUACAACAGAUAAAAUGAACUGAAAUGUACAGAAGCCUAGAAAUUAAAAUGGCAGAAGACAGAUGCGAUU